AUGGCCACAGAUCUUGCACCGCCAGAUAGCAACGAAGGGGCCCGAGUUGCAGUCGGAGCAGCGCCAGGUCAAGAUGUUGCCAUUGGUGGCUUGCACAAUGGCGAAGACAUGGCCGGAGCACUGCCCGGCUCGCUGGUUCGAAAGUCCCGAGAGGCUGUCACCUACCGAACUAGGAGAACGAUCACGGCCCGAGGAGUGGACGGCGCAGAUCCGGAGAAGAAUACCAAGAGCUGGGUUCGGAAGUGGAAGGGAUAG